AUCAGACCUGUGCACAGCAGAUCUGUGUGCACCGUUAGAAUGGCGGUCAAGGUAUUUUACGUCAUCCUUCUUGGAUAUUUCUGUUACACAGCUGGAGCUGAAUGUGUCAGAACCUUUUGUUGUUGCCCAACAGGACCCGUUAGUGUUUCGAGAGUCUCCAACCGUCUGAUUCUUCUCUACAACGUUACUUGCCCGUGGGAUGGUACCUAUGCCAACUACGACUGCCUGAUCCAACAGGAUGGCAUCUGUAGAACGGCAUUCCCUGGUUUUAUCUACGCAAUCUCGAAGAGCCAAGACAGUAUGGAUAUUGAAGAUGUACGAGAUCACCGUUGUAACUUACAUCUCAGCUGCAGUUCUGGCACCUGCGUAGGGAAUGAUAACUGGACAGGUCAAUACCAAGUGAGCGAUGCUAGCAGAGAAGUGAGAACGAGGUCCACAUUCUAUCCUCUGCUCGUGAUCAUUGCCAUAGCUGCUGUCUUGUGUAACUAUGAGGGCGGGUACUAAUUCAGUGAUAUGCUGGACUGGUAGUAGAUGAGUUGUGUGACAGUACUACGACCAGAACUGGUCGUUUCCAAGAAUUAUUAGAGUUUUCAUGCAGUGCUACAAGUGGUUUGCUUGUUGUAUUACCUAUACGUAUGCUAUAGUUAAUGAAAUUGGGCUUGCUGGUACUGUACCUAUCAGUAUGGUGUACUAUUAGACGUACACAAGUCUUGUUGGUACUGUACGUACAUUCUGUUGCUUGUGUGUCUGGUUUUAUGUUGAGAAGUUUUGAAUACAUGGUCAGGAUGUAUUGAUUUUGA